AUGUCUGUGACACUGCACACAGACCUAGGUCCUCUCAAGAUUGAGGUCUUCUGCGAGGCGGUACCAAAGACAGCCGAGAACUUCCUAGCACUAUGCGCGUCCGGCUACUUCAACGAUUGCCCCUUCCACCGCAGCAUCAAGACGUUCAUGGUACAGACCGGAGACGGCGAGCUAGGCAACGGAAAGGGCGGCAAGAGCAUAUGGGGGGAGAAGUUUGAGGACGAGAUCCGGCCGGCGCUGAGGCACAACGCGAGGGGCGUUGUGAGCAUGGCCAACUCGGGCCCGGGAACGAACCAGAGCCAGUUUUUUAUUACGUAUGGGAGCCAUCCGCAUCUGGAUGGACUGAAUACGGUCUUUGGCAAGGUCAUCGAUGGGUUGGAUACACUGGAUAAGUUGGAGGCUUUGGAGGUCGACAAGAAGGGAAGGCCGAAGAAAGUCACAAAGAUCCAGAAAAUCACCAUACAUGCCAACCCCGUGGCUGAGAUGGACGCUGGAGAAUGA